AUGGUAAAUGUGAGUCAGAAUAGGGAGGCUGGGCUGGACGGCGAGCGCAGCGACACCGGCGCACAAGGCGUCACCGGCCCGGCCGGACCCACAGCGCCAGUCCCAUGCCGGAUUCAAGGCCAGAGCGGCAGUGACAUCAGCGCGGGCAUCGGGACGCCCAUCUUUGCUUACAUUCCUGUUCCUUUCGCCGCGCAUCUGUACGCGUGGAACACGACAACGUCCAAGCCCACGGGAGCGCCCCUGUUUGUCAGUGAGCCAAGUUCCAGCGCAACAGAUCGCUCCCUGCCUUUCAAAAUGACCGCCUGCGUCAACCUGCUGGCCAUAUCUCAGUACAUCAUAUUCCUGUGCUCUGGCGGCCUCUGGCCUGCUCCUCUCAACUUGCAAUUGUAG